CUGUACCGAGCCGAGCCCAGCCGAGUCUCUCCUCUGGCCGCGCAUGGGGAGCGCAGCCUCCGCGGGUGCGCAGCAGCCUCUGCUGCCCCGCCGGCGCUGAAGGACCGGAGCAACCGGAGCAGCCUGAGCGCCGGUCCCCGGGCAAUGCCCGCUCCGCUGCCCGCCGCCUGCCCCGCCGCUGCCCGCGGGCGCGGAGCGGGGUGCCCGCAUGGAGCGCUGAGGCGGUGAGCCCCGCCGCGCCGGGCCGGGAGACGUGACGAUGUGGAUGCGACGGCUCCCGGGAAGCAGGUCAGGUUGCCCGCUCGGAAGCCAUGCUUGGAUUUUAAUAGCCAUGUUCCACCUAGCCAUGGACCUCGCCAGCUGCCAGCCCGCGGCCAGCGGCACCGGCGGGAGGCUGUCGCCGCGCCCGGCGCUCCGGCACAGACUGUCCCGCGCCUCGCUGUGGGGCACGGGGAGCGGGGAGGACCUGCGGCGCCCCGGGCACCCCUGGAACUGCACCCCGGUGCCCCCCUCCACACAGAGACCCCGCCCCCGGCGGCCCGCCGCCCCCCUGCCCGCCGGCCGCCCCCUGCGCCGCCCCCGCUCCCGGAGGGGCCGGCGGCACCUGCGCAGCCGCGGCUUCGCCCCCUGGGACGGGCGCCCCACGGUGCUGCCCGAGGUCAUCGUCUGGGGCCCCACGGGCGAGGAGGACUCCCUGGAGAGCAGCACUCUGCCCAGCGCCUUCACCACCACCGCCGCCACCACCACCGCCGCAACCACCACCACCACCACCGCUGCCCCCGCCGCCGCUGCCACGCCGCCCCGCGUGCCCCCCAGCACCGCGGCUCCGGUGCCCGGUGGGGACGUGCCCCGCAGCAGCCCCGGCCGCACCAGCACCGCCGAGCCGGCCGCCGGCCACAGCAGCGGCGGCAAGGACGCUCGCCCGCCCCGCGGGCUGGGAGACAGCACAGGUCUGGCAGUCCAUCAGAUCAUCACUAUUACAGUGUCCCUCAUCAUGGUCAUAGCUGCUCUGAUAACAACUCUUGUCUUAAAAAACUGCUGUGCCCAGAGCGGGCGCCCGCGGCGCAACAGCCACCAGCGCAAGCUGGAGCAGCAGGAGGAGAGCUGCCAGAACCUGACGGACUUCGCGCCCGCGCGCGUGCCCAGCGCCCUCGACAUCUUCACCGCCUACAACGAGAGCCUGCAGUGCUCCCACGAGUGCGUGCGGACCCCUGUGCCCCUCUACGCCGAGGAGGCCUUGCGCUCGCCCGGGGACUACAAAACCACCUUCAACGGAAACAGACCCUCCUCUUCUGACCGGCAUCUUAUUCCCGUGGCCUUUGUGUCUGAGAAAUGGUUUGAAAUCUCCUGCUGACUGGCCGCAGCCUGUUUGAGCCCCGGGGGCAGGGCAGACGCCGUCGGGCUGUUUCCUGGAUUCCAUUGGUGAACCUGUAAAAAACCUCCAAACCACUGGUUCCCUGUACCUACCAUUUCUGUUUGCCAGUAGGAGACUCAAAGGGCAGCGUCCCGAGGGCCAAAUCUAUUUUUAUAUGAACCAAGACGCCUGUGGGGAGCUGCAGCUCGCGAGGAGGAGGAGGAGAAGAGGAGCAAAGGUGCCAGAGGAGAGCCCCCAGGAGCAGGAGGGGAGGGAAGCGAGCGCCCGGGCGCGGACUGUGACUCUGAACCUGUGCCAACUACACCAUUAUGUGCCAGGGCCGGGAGCCCGAGCCGAGUGCCAGCGCCUGGACACCUCGUGGAGGACGCCUGGGGCAUCUCUGCUGGUGGGGGCAGCCCUGGCAGCCCGCACACCCCCGGGGCCCUGCUCUGGGGAGGCAGCGCACGGAGAGCUCCACACACACAGCUUCCUCCUCCUGUGCCGCAGCGGAUUGUGGAGGUCUGGUUUCUGCAGAGCGCGUCCUGGGCUGGGUGAAGCCUUUCCUGACCACGCAGAGACCCCAGCAGGGCGACGCUUCCUGCCUUGGCAGCUCGCCCCCAGCCCCCUCUGCGUGCCCAGCUUGAUGCAGAGAGCUGCUGUGUGUACCUAUAAACACCUAGAGCUGUGCAUCCUGCUGGAGCUCCUUUGGCUCCGCCUGGGAAAGGCUUUUCCGGCGCUGAUGAUGGGACUGAGGCACCAGGGCGUGAGCAGGGCGUGAGCAGGGCUGCAGUGCCAACGUGGAGCCAGGAAGAGGCUUCCCAAAGUCCAGCCAGAGCAGCCCCAAGGUCCCCCCGGCUUGGGGAGGGAUGGCAAAGAGCUGCAGAGCCUGGCUUGGAACAGAAGGAGAGCGGAGCCAGGCUGGGUGGCGGCUGGAGGGAUGCAUCUGAGCCUCGUUCACAAAGUGCCAGAGGAAGCAGGCGAGCAGGGAGCUUGCUGCAGGCAGGUGCCCCAGCUCCUGGCAGCUUGCAGCGGCUCAAGGUGCUGCUGAGAGGUCUCCCCAGGCUCCCACAGCCCGAUGCAUCCUCGAGGUAGAUGGGAAGAAGCCCAACAGCCUGCUUCUGCCCCUUGUUCCACUGAGCUGUGGCCCUCACGGUGUGAUGCCUCAGGGCAGGGUUGGGUUCUGGGUGUGGAAUUCCAAAGGAGCCUCCCUUGGCACAAGACAAAUGUCAGGAGUGCAAUGUGGGAGAUGUUAUGGAAGGUGGCUCCCAAACU